UCAAAUACGCACAAGUUGUUUUGCACAGUGCGAACAGUAUUGUUCCGUGUAUUGCCGGUAGUCUAAUACAAUGAAUUAGAAAAUUGCCUUUAUUGAGUUGAACUCGGUUGCUUUAAUCGUCUGAUUUUGUGACCAAAAUGUUCUCGACCAGAAAUGAUUUGGCAAAAUUCAGUUGCGAGUGCAGUAGACGAAAUAAGACUAUAAAUGUGAUGUGCUCAACUAGCUUGUAUGGGAACGAUAAGCAUUUUAUAAAAUAGAACAACAACACAUUUUUUUAAUUCAUAGGAUAUAUUAAUUGUUACCCAAAUUGUUAUUAUUGUGCAAAUACUCAAUCAGUUAUCUCAUUGGUAUUAGUGCUUCUUUGAUAAAAGUGAUUUGUUUCAAUAAUGAGUGCUGAUAGAAAUGUUCAAAAUCUCGUGUCUAAAAUUAAGGAAGAAACCAAAACACAAUUAAAAACUUCAAUAAAAAAAUGUAUCGGUGCUAAUAGUGUGUUUUCUAUGAAAGCAACGUGCAAGUCUGAAGUAUAGAUUUAUUCUUGUCUCAGACGGCAACUGAAAACUUCGGGAUUUCGCUCAAGAUAUAAUCAAUCCACUCCGGGUUACAACUUUUGUUUGCGGGUAUAACUGAUAGUAGUGGUAGUUGCAGUAGUGGCAUAAAAUGCAUCGAAUCGGGCGCGUUAUUUCAAACUGCCAAACUCUCAUUGGAUCGAACAUUCAAAAUUUGAAAUCGGCUCAAAACGUUUUAAGACAUUUGAGUGCACAACCACAGUCUUCUAGGAAACCAGAUUAUAAUACAAGUGAAGAUGACUACUUCAUCACCUUUGACAAAAUCAAUCCCAAUAUUAAAGUUAUGGAAUACAUCGUGCGAGGACCAAUUGUUAUCAGGGCGGCUGAAAUUGAAAAUGAAAUCAAACAGGGUGUGAAGAAGCCGUUCUCACGCAUCAUUCGAGCAAAUAUUGGCGAUUGUCAUGGUAUGGGACAAAAAUAUAUUACUUUCAUCAGGCAGGUGAUAGCCCUGGUGGCUUUUCCUCCUUUGAUGGACAGUCCUGAUUUUCCUUCUGAUGCAAAGGAAAGGGCAGCAGCUAUUUUAGCAAGUUGUUCGGGAAAUUCGGCUGGUUCCUAUUCCGAAUCAACAGGUAUACCAAUUAUUCGACAACAUAUAGCUGAGUAUAUCCAAAGGCGAGAUGGGGGCAUCCCGGCCAGUGCAGAAGAUGUACUACUUACCUGUGGAGCAACUGGGGCGAUCACAGAAUUGAUGCAAUUGUUGGCAUGCAAUGAAGGCGAUAAAAAAGCAGGUAUUCUGGUAUCCAUUCCUCAAUUUCCAAUCUAUUCGGCGAAUGUUGCCAAAUUCAAUAUGGGCCAGAUUGGAUAUUAUUUAAAUGAAUCAGACAAUUGGGCUCUUGAUAUGAACGAACUCAAAAGGGCCGUCGAAGAAGGAAGAAACAAUAACAUUUUACCUAGAGCCAUUGUUGUAAUGAAUCCUGGAAAUCCUACAGGACAAGUAUUGACAAGGCGUAAUAUAGAACAAAUUAUUAAAUUCGCUCAUAAAGAAAGACUGAUGAUCAUGGCUGAUGAAGUUUAUCAAGACAAUGUUUAUGCGGAAGAGUGCGAAUUCCAUUCAUUCAAAAAGGUUCUGAAAGAAAUGGGCCCACCUUACGAUCGUAUAGAAUUGGCAUCCUUCAUGUCGACAUCUAAGGGUUGGCAUGGAGAAUGCGGUUUGAGAGGAGGUUACAUGGAAAUUAUAAACUUGCAUCCUGAUGUUCGGACAAUGUUGCUCAAAGCAGCCUCCACCGUACUCGGACCAGCCACUCUUGGUCAAGUGGCAGUUGACGCUGUGGUGAAUCCACCACGGCCAGGUGAACCUUCGUAUGAUCUAUUUAUUAAAGAAAAGCAAAACGUGCUCAAUUCUUUAGCUGAGCGAGCUCAACUCGUAGCUGAUGCCUUCAACAGUUUCGAAGGUUUCUCUUGCAAUGUUGUCCAAGGUUCGAUGUACGCUUUUCCUAUGAUAGAACUGCCACCAAAAGCCAUAGAAGCAGCUCACAAAGCUGGUAAGUCACCAGAUGUAUUCUACGCAUUCGCUUUGCUGGAAAGAACAGGUAUAUGCAUCGUGCCAGGAUCAGGAUUUGGGCAAAAACCAGGGACUUAUCACAUCAGAACGACAAUCUUACCACAGACGGAUAUGCUGAAGGAUAUGUUAAAUAAAUUCGCAGAGUUUCACAAAGAAUUCUGUGCACAGUACAGAUAAAUCGUACUCGUGAAAGAAGUGUCAGAUUUUUAACAAAUGACAAUUUGCAAGAAACCUUUGUUUCUUGACAUUUUGCUAUGUAUAAUAUUAACUUCAGUAUAGCAAACUACUUAUUUUUAUUUGCAUUUUUCAACAAAGCUAAUUUUUUGUUGAACAUAUUCUAUUCAUCAUCAAUAUGUAUAGUUAUAUAUAAAUAUAAUUCUACAUAUUGCCUUCCAUAAAAUUC